GAACGGCUGGUGUGUGUGGGCCACGCGCGGGUCAGCGGGCAGUCUUGACCAAUCCCAUCCUCCCCCGUCUCAUCCGGACGGGAAAGAGAGGGCGCCCAGCUGUUACAACCUCCGUCCUCGAAUUCGAAAGCUUGCUACGUGCUUAGAAUAGGGAACCGCUGCUGCGGGCACUGCGCAUAAGGUCUUCCAUUCUACUACCUCAGCCACUCGCUGGAGUGCACUUGAAUCAACAUGCAGACCACCGUGCUCCGUUCUUCCACUCGUGUGGGAUGUGUGCGUCCAGUGGGCCUGGCUCGUGCGCUGCCGGUGCGCCCGGUGGUGUUUGGGUCGCGCACGCCGAUGCUUCUGCGCUCGGCGAAGAAGGACGAUGGAUACAUCUCCGAGGAUGAGGGCCUGGGCAAUGUUGCUGCUGACUACUGCGCCAUCGACGGCGCUGGCAAGAAGGCUAAGCGCUCUCUCGGCGAGAUGGAGCAGGAGUUCCUUGCGGCGAUGACCUCGUGGUACUACGAGGGCAAGCCCACCAUGUCCGAUGAGGAGUUCAGCCUGCUGAAGGAGGAGCUGAUCUGGUCCGGCAGCAUGGUCGCUGUGCUGAGCAGCGACGAGCAGCGUUUCCUGGAGGCGUCCAUGGCCUACGCCAAGGGCAAGCCCAUUAUGACUGACGAGGACUACGAUGCCCUGAAGGCUGAGCUGCGCAACAAGAGCAGCAUCGUGACCGCCCAGGGUCCCCGCUGCUCCAUCCGCAGCAAGAAGAUGUAUGCCGAUGCCGAGCCUGACUACCUGCGCAUGACCGCGCUCAACCUUCCCGGCGUGCUAUUCGUGCUGGGUCUCGUCUUCGCUGUGGACUACUCGACCGGCUUCGGCGUGACCAAGCUGGUGGAGCUGCCCGCCCCUUACGGCCCCAUCCUUCUCUGGGGCCUGCUGCUGCCCUCGCUGUUCACAGUGGCCUACGCCCUCACCCAGGUGGGCUUCAAGGACAACCUGAUCCUGAAGGCCCCCUGCCCCAGCUGCGGCUCUGAGAACUUCUCGUACUUCGGUGAUGUCUUCACCGUGGCCGGUGCGCGCGGGCAAAACCUGGUGGAGUGCCCCAACUGCAAGGCGGACAUGAUCUUUGACGAGUACAAGCGCGUUGUGGUGGUGGCUGAGACGUCGGAGGUCAAGCAGGAGAAGCUGGCGGCGGCUGCUGCCAAGAAGGCCGCGGCUGCUGCCAAGAAGAAGGCUAAGGCCGCUGCGUAAAGCGCUCUGGAGCCUGUGGUUGCCUGGAGCCGUCAGGAGUGCGUGUGGUGCGCACACAGGAGUACGCGUCGCAGCAAUAACAGGUUGCUGUGGCAUUUCUUGAUUUGCGCACGGGGGGCGCCAAAUGGGCGCAGCGGGUCGCAGGAGGCGCGGGGUGUGCGCCUUGUGGUUGUGAGCCGAAUGCAAGGGAGUUGGUGAGCCUGAUUGGGUUUGAGGACCCGCACGUGUGGAUAUUAUCCGGGGUGUAUGGCCUUGUUCACGGUGGCCGCGGACGCAUCGCCCCUGGCUGGUGCUGCCCCUGGCGCCCGGCGGGCAUAUCGCGGUAGGCGGGGGCGGUGCUGAAGUGACGAUGAAGUCGUGUGCGGAACUGCUGGCGCCCGACUACGGUGUUUUAUUGCGGGAGAAGAGAGAGACUGAGAGAUUUAGUGAAGGCCACGGGCUGGCUAGGUUGGUGCAGCCAACCCAGCUGUGGAGCCAUCCGGUCACGUGGGCCCCCGGCCAUUCGGGGAAGACCCGUCGCGCGUUUUUGUCAAUGAGCGUGGCGAGGAUGCUAUGUGCGUGUGUGUGAACUGCGCGGUGAGAGGGGAUACGGACUGGGUGCUGGGGCCGCAUGGUUCCUUACCCGUAGAUAGGGUACGAAGGGCAAACACACGUGCCCCAUGCGGCUGCAUGUGUUAUUCGCGGCGCGUUAGUUUGGAGGGAGCGCAGGAUACUGGCAUUACCGGUAUGGCAGUGCCGGUUGACGUGGACCAGGAGCGAUGCACGAGAGGGGUCCCCGCAUGCCGAAAGAGUAUUUGGAAGUCUUGCAGACGCUCGCGGAAUGCCCGGUUUCCUCAGUUGCUCCUGGUUAGUUACACUGCGUGCCUACAAAUAUCCGAGCAGGGGAUAGUUAGAGCGACCGCCACAUGUAACGUAAGGUCUUG